CAGAGCGAGAGCUGCACCCGCUUCCGUGUUUGUGUAUCAGGGAGGGUAGUGCAAAGCCACGGGCGCUUUUCUGUCUUCACUGUUUCAUUCAUCUGGAAGAGAAAAGCCAAGCCAGAGGCAGCGGAGAAAAAAUGCCGUAUGAACUGAAACGUGUGUUUGCCAGUCUCCCACAGAUGGAGAGGGGAGUUGCAAAAGUGAUCGGUGGUGAUCCCAAAGGCAACAACUUCCUCUACACCAAUGGGAAAUGUGUCAUCAUCAGGAACAUUGAAAACCCAGCUAUUGCAGACAUUUACACUGAGCAUGCCCAUCAAGUUACUGUUGCGAAGUAUGCACCCAGUGGAUUCUACAUUGCAUCUGGAGAUGCAUCAGGAAAGAUCCGUAUCUGGGACACCACCCAGAAGGAACACAUGCUCAAGUAUGAGUACACCCCGAUUUCAGGGAAGGUGAAGGACAUUGCAUGGACCGAGGACAGCAAGAGGCUUGCUGUUGUUGGGGACGGACGAGAGAAGUUUGGGGCAGUGUUCCUGUGGGACUCUGGCUCAUCAGUGGGAGAGGUUUCUGGCCACUCAAAAUUAAUUAACAGUGUAGACAUAAGGCAGAAGCGCCCUUACCGCCUUGCCACUGCCAGUGACGACACCUGUGCCUCCUUCUUUGAGGGACCUCCCUUCAAGUUCAAGUUCACAUUACGGGACCACAGCCAGUUCGUCAACUGCAUUCGUUUCUCUCCAGAUGGAAGUCGGUUUGUUACAGCGGGUGCUGAUGGUCAGAUUUUAAUCUAUGAUGGAACAACUGGUGAACGUGUUGGCUCCCUUGGUGGAGAGAAGGCUCACAAAGGAGGAAUCUAUGCUGUCAGCUGGAGCCCUGACAGCUCUCAACUGAUCUCUGCCUCAGGGGACAAGACCGUGAAGCUCUGGGAUGUCGGUGCAACCACGGCUGUCACCACCUUCAACCUGGGCUCCGACGUGACAGACCAGCAGCUGGGGUGCCUGUGGCAGAAAGACCACCUCCUCAGCAUCUCCUUGUCAGGAUACAUCAACUACUUGGACAAGAACAACCCCAACCGGCCCAUACGCACAAUCAAGGGUCAUACCAAGUCCAUCCAGUGUGUUACUGUUCACAAAAAUGAAGGGCGGCCGUACAUCUACUCGGGGAGUCACGACGGACACAUAAAUUACUGGGAUGCAGAAACUGGAGAGAACGACUGCUUCUCAGGAAAAGGUCACAGCAACCAGGUUAGCAAGAUCGUGACUGAUGAAGCUAAUGAGUUGGUGACUUGUAGCAUGGAUGAUACACUGCGCUACACCAGCAUCAGCAAGAAGGAGUACAGUGCCUCUGAUGUGGUGAAGAUGGAUUUCCAGCCUAAAAGUGUGUCCGUAGGGGCAGGUGGGCUGUCAUUGGCUGUGUGCAUUGGGCAGAUUGUCCUUGUGAAGGAUAAGAAGAAAGUCUUCACAUUGGACAAUCUUGGCUAUGAAGCAGAGGUUGGAGCUUUGCAUCCUGGCGGCACCACUGCUGCAGUGGGCGGAGCAGAUGGAAAAGUUCAUCUGUACUCAGUUCAGGGCAACACUCUGAAAGAUGAGGGGAAAGCUCUUGAGGUCAAAGGGCCCAUUACAGACAUGGCCUAUUCGAAUGAUGGCGCCUAUCUGGCUGCCAUUGAUGACAAGAAGGUUAUCACGGUCUUUAACGUGGCAGACGGCUAUUCGGUUAAAAAUGAGUUUUAUGGACACCAUGCCAAACCUGUGACUUUGGCCUGGUCACCUGAUAACGAGCACUUUGCGACUGGUGGGAUGGACAUGCUGGUCUACGUCUGGACAGUUAGCGAUCCAGACCAGCGGCUCAAAAUCCCAGACGCUCACCGAUUGCACCACGUUAGCGGCCUGGCUUGGAUAGAUGCUCACACUCUGGUCACCACCUCCCACGACGCCAGUGUCAAGCAGUGGACUAUUACAUACUGAGCUUCAAGCAGACAAACAUCCACAUCUCCAGGGACAAGGACUACUGUUGAAUUUAAUUCUUUUUUUUCCCUUUUCUUUUUUCUCUUCUGUAUUUUCCUUGUCUAAAAAGUGUUCAAUGCUGUCUAUAAACACCAAACUUGUAAAUGAUUUUGAGCAGUAAAAAAGGUACCACAUGUGAUCUGUUUAAUGCAAAUAACCUCAGCUUACAGAGAGGAAACGUGUAACAAUGUGUGCUUUUACAGCACUUUAAGCAUGAUGGACCCAAAAAAAUAUUAAUGAGCUCAUCAUUCCAUGGGUAUAAACUGUGGUUGGGGUCAAUGCUUUCUGGCUUAAAGGAAGAACCAUAAUUUUUUUUUUUUUUUUUUUUUUUUCCUUCUCUUAAAUUGAACAAAAGUAUGUUGGAAACAAAACCCGUUGGUUACAUUCCUGAAAUUAGCUGUAACUGGUUCCAACUGCAACUGCCUGUCAGUCUUUAUUUUCAAAGUUUUAAGGUGGGUGAGUCUUUGCCUUUUGGCUUUGUCCUAGGUUUCAUACUUUGUGGUUCACAUUUCUUCUUGUUGGACUGGGGAGCAAUAAUAGGAACUGAGAGAAGUAUGUGUACAAUCAAGAUGCUGCCUGUUUAGUUGAAGGUCCUGUGUUGUUGCUGUGCGUUUGGGCUCUCAUUGCUUGUCUCAUAAUUAUUAUUAUUUUUUUUUUUCUAUGUCUUUAUGCAUCCACUUACAAAGUGGAACAGACUCAUGAUUAUUAUUAUUGUUAAUAAUAAUAAAACUUUUUAUGCAGG